AUGAGUACAGAAAAUAAAGUAAAAAGGGUGCGAGCCCCUAACUGGGAAACUGUGGAAAAGAAGCUGUUGAGGGAGGUAUUGGCGGACUACGUCGAUAUAAUAGAAGACAAAUGUACAAACACAAAUACAAAUAAACGGAAAUAUCAUGCUUGGCUGAAGGUGUAUGAAAGGUUCAAUGAGCUCAACGUAAGACAACGGGCAUUAGUGGAGCUAAAACAACAGUGGCGAAUGAGUAAAGUGGAUGCCAAAAAAAUAAUGAGUGAACACCGCAUUGCCAAAAACAAAACUGGUGGUGGCAGCAGACCAUCGAGUCCAGAUGAAGACACCAUUAACUUGGUAAAACUGCUGCCACUGGAGUUUGAGGUGGACCAAAACAAAUUCGAUAGUGAUGCACCGCAAAUAGUAAGUGCCACUGUUAGUACAGUCUACGUGACAUCAGUGGAUACACACGUCCACUCUGGUCAGUUGCAAUAG